GAAGCGGAGCAGUGUGUUGAUGACCCGGCAUGGUCUCCUGUCGUUGGGCCGCAGCGCGUCAGUGGCUGCUUUCUCUCUCUGGACAGUAGUUUAACAACGUUAACAUCAGAAAGUCUAACUUAACGUCACAAAAUGCCCAAGAAGACUAAAGAAGAGGCGGAGUGGGUGGGGGAUGAAGCUCCGGCAGCUGCCGAAAAAACGGUGAAAAAGGGGAAGAAAGAUAAAAAGGGGAAAAAGACUUUCUUUGAGGAACUCGCCACUGAUGACAAACCUGAGGUCGACGAGGUGGCUGUGAAGGAAACACAAGGAAAACAGUCUCAGAAAAAGAAGAAAGACCGGCGGAAAGGAAAAGGUGACGAUGAGGACAAGGACGUCACGCUGAAGCUGAAAAAGCUCUCGGUGCAAGCGAGUGACGAGGAAGAUGAGCCGGUCAUCGCCCCCCCCACUAAAGGAAACAAGAAGAAUAAGGGUGGAAACAUCUUCGCUGCUCUCAGCCAGGGCCAGAGUGAUGACGAUGAGGAUGAGGACGCUGAUGUGGAUGAAGACGAUAAACCAGCAAAAAAAGUUGUUCAGUUUGCAUCUGAUGAUGAUGAUGAUGAUGAUGAGGAGGAGGAGGAGGAUGACGAAGCAGAGAAGAAUGAUGGUGCAGAGAAACAAACAAAGACCAUGAAGGCAGAAGCCAAGUCCAAGUUAGCAGACAACGACGAGGACAAGAAGCCAAAGAAAGGGAGGAGGGAUCAACACAAGGCGAGUGCAAGGGCGAAACCUGCUGAACGACCACCGAGCGAGGAUGAAGAUGAGGAGGAUAGUGACGGAGGUGAAAUGAUGAUGAGUGCCGAGGACGCCAUCGCAGAACAGACCAAGCCGCAGGAAGACGACCCCUUCGCUAACCUCAGCAAGAAGGAGAAGAAGAAGAAGAAGAAACUGAUGGAGUAUGAGCGUCAGGUGGCCAGUAUUCGUGCUCAGAAUGCCUUGGAGGGAGAUUUCUCCAUUUCCCAGGCCGAGAUGUCGUCCAGACAGGCCAUGCUGGAGAACGCCUCUGAUAUCAAGCUGGAGAGGUUCAGCAUAUCGGCUCACGGCAAGGAGCUCUUCGUCAACGCCGACCUUCUGAUCGUGGCAGGAAGAAGAUAUGGUUUGGUUGGACCAAAUGGCAAAGGAAAGACCACACUACUGAAACACAUCGCCAACAGAGCUCUCAGUAUUCCCCCCAACAUCGACGUGCUGCUGUGUGAACAGGAGGUGGUAGCUGACGACACGCCGGCGGUGCAGGCGGUGCUGAAGGCGGACACCCGCCGCCUGAAGCUUCUGGAGGAGGAGAGGCAGCUCCAGGCUCGGCUGGAGAAGGGAGAGGACAGCGUGGCUGAGAGGCUGGAGAAGGUCUAUGAAGAGCUGAGGGCGAUCGGAGCUGCAGCAGCUGAGCCCAAGGCCAGAAGGAUCCUGGCCGGUCUGUCGUUCACCCCCGAGAUGCAGAACAGACCCACCAAGAGGUUCUCUGGAGGCUGGAGGAUGAGAGUCUCCCUCGCCAGAGCUCUGUUCAUGGAACCCACUCUACUGAUGCUGGAUGAACCCACCAAUCACCUGGACCUGAACGCCGUCAUCUGGCUCAACAACUACCUUCAAGGCUGGAAGAAGACUCUCCUCAUAGUUUCUCACGACCAGAGUUUCCUUGAUGAAGUGUGUACAGAUAUCAUCCACUUAGACUACCAGAAGCUCUUUUACUACAGAGGGAACUACUUGACCUUCAAGAAGAUGUACGUGCAGAAGCAGAAAGAGCUGCAGAAACAGUACGACAAGCAGGAGAAGAAACUCAAAGACCUGAAGGCUGGUGGCAAGUCCACCAAACAGGCUGAGAAGCAGACUAAAGAGGCCCUGACCAGGAAGCAGCAGAAAGGCAAGAAGAAGGGAGGUCAGGAGGAGGAGAGCCAGGACGCCACGGAUCUGCUGAAGAGGCCUAAAGAGUACACCGUCAAGUUCACCUUCCCCAACCCGCCUCCUCUCUCUCCACCAAUCCUGGGACUGCACACUGUGGACUUCGGCUACGGACCUCAGAAGAUUCUCUUCAGAAACGUGGACUUUGGAAUCGACAUGGACUCCAGGAUCUGUAUAGUUGGACCCAACGGCGUUGGGAAGAGUACCCUGCUGCUGCUGCUCACUGGGAAGUUAACUCCUACUAAAGGCGAGAUGAGGAGGAAUCAUCGCCUGAAAGUGGGCUUCUUUAACCAGCAGUACGCUGAUCAGCUGAACAUGGAGGAGACCGCCACCGAGUACCUGAUGAGGAACUUCAACCUCCCCUACCAGGACAGCAGGAAGUGCCUGGGACGUUUUGGCCUGGAGAGCCACGCCCACACCAUCCAGAUCUCCAAACUGUCCGGCGGUCAGAAGGCCAGAUGCGUGUUUGCUGAGCUGUCCUGUCGUCAGCCUGAUGUACUGAUCUUGGAUGAACCCACCAACAAUCUGGACAUUGAGUCAAUCGAUGCCUUAUCGGAGGCCAUCAAUGAAUAUAAAGGAGCUGUGAUCAUCGUGAGUCACGACGCCCGGCUCAUCACGGAGACUGCCUGCCAGCUGUGGGUGGUGGAGGACGGUUCCAUCAACCAGAUCGACGGAGACUUUGACGAUUACAAGCGGGAGGUGCUGGAGUCUCUGGGAGAGACCGUGGUCAACAAGGUCAACCCGUGAUCACGCGGCGCCGCCGCCCUCAGGACGGACGCCGCGUCCCUCCUCCGUCAUAUGCUACAUACAGUACACGCCGUCUGGGACCGGUCGGCAUGUCUCUCACAGUAACACUGCUAAUAAAAACCGUUGGGACUUAUUGCGGGCUAUCUGCUAUCUACUCCCUUUCUUCUGGACUGGAACAGCUUUAACAAUAUACGGAGAGUUUCUAUAAAUAUAGACGGAGGUCAAACAUUAUCUACUAAAGCCAAACAAUCAAUAAACCAAUUUUUCAUCA